AUGCAUCUCGGGGGUAAGGAUGACCAAGCUGCACAAGUACUAGCUCCCAGGAGGUUCUACAGUUCGUUUGCCAUUAUCGGUACCUUAGUAAAGAAGAGACGUAAUGGCAGUUGCCGAGUGGUGAACGCACUCGAUUUGGACAAAGUGCGGCGCAUCUCAGCUAGGCGCUGGCAGAAGACACUCCGGAGCAACGUGCGCCUGUUGGCUGCGUAUCUGGGAUUCGAUACAGUGACACAGCUGUACAUCUUUGUCGACUUUGAAGAAUGUGUCUGGGGCAUUCACCAGGAAGACUGGAUGCGGGCUCAUGCGGUGAUUGUCUUUACAAUGACGAGACAGCUCACGAUAGAAGGCAUUGUCCGCAGCUGCGACCCAACGCUAAGCCUCGAAUUUCAAAAACCGUACCACAUAAGCAUAGGCUCGGAAAUCUAUGGCUAUGCCGCAUCUGAAGAGCUGGCAGCUGAUACCGUCUGCGCAGCCCUCGAUUCUAUUACCCCUAGCAUAGACUGGUCCCUCGAUAUCGACAGCGAAAGAGUACAGUCGGACGUGACGCCAAUGAAACCGGAACAGUUGUUGAAUCUAAAGAAGUGGCUUAAUGAACAGGUGCAGCAGGAAAAACAUGGCCCAGGAAAACCUGCGGACAAUGGGACAUUGCCUCUCAGCACUGCCGACUCUGGGCUAGAUAGAUUGCAAGAGAUGCAGGCUUUGUUGGGAUACGCUCCCCGAUUCAAUGAAGAAGACCUUUUCGAUGUUUGCAGACAGAGAGGGUUUGGCGUGUACAACAUGGCCACAAAGACGGGAUUGCGGGCACAUCACAUCUCAGAUGGGGACGAAUCUAACCCUAAUGUUAUCAUUAUGCCCUUGGCCAAGUUUGGCACAACUGUGAGGGAAGUCGAACUUCGAUGGCAUGAGGUGUUUGAUAUUUGGAUGCUCUGUCAUCCUAGAGACGGCAUCCAAGUCACGCACCACAGGACAGCCAACAGCCGUGAGGAAUUCCAGCAGCGCAUCAACAACUGGGAAGCGACGAGGAGGGACGAGACGGUCGCCCGCGUCCUCCUUUUGGCAUCCUAUGAGAGCUGGCGAGAGUUCUCUCCGGUUUUACAAAGCAGCCACCCGAUGGCAAGUCAGAAGACGGAGAAGGAGAAGGAUAUGGAGGCCAGUAGAGAGCCCCUAUGGAAUGUCGUUGCUCUUGACGAGUGUCAAGUCUUGCAAGGCAAAACCAAUUGGUACAGGGACAUGGUCAUGCAUGUGGAGCGGGAGGCCCUGCUUCUUGUGUCCGCGCACCCGUUUCUCACUCUUCGAGACAUACAUGCCUAUCUUCGAGUAGUGUGGAACCCAGCCUGGCCGUUUGGAUAUCAUUUCGAUCCAGAUCUGGUCAUCUUGGGCUUCUCCAUGAUCCGACGACGUACAGACGCUUGA